CGGGCGCGAGCGGGCUCGCUCUGCAUCACAUUCAUCGGCUGCCAAGGGGAGCCGCCGGGCGCUCUCAGGCUAGGCGCGCGCUGCCCGCGGGAAGUGCCGCUGCCCACCCCCGCCGUUGCGCCCCCAGCCGCCGCCUCGCCGCCGCCCGGAGUCAUGGCCGCGCUCGUCCACCGUGCUGUCUUCGGCCAGGCCACCCACGCCGUGGUGCGGGCGCUCCCCGAGUCCCUCACCCAGCACGCUCUGAGGCGCGCCAAGGGCGACACGGUGGAUUUCGCCCGCGCGGAGCGGCAGCACGAGCUCUACGUGGGCGUGCUGGGCAGUAAGCUGGGGCUGCAGGUGGUGACGCUGCCGGCGGACGAGAGCCUCCCCGACUGCGUGUUCGUGGAAGACGUGGCCGUGGUGUGCGAGGAGACUGCCCUCAUCACCCGACCCGGGGCACCGAGCCGGAGGAAGGAGGUUGACAUGGUGAAAGAAGCGUUAGAAAAACUUCAGCUGAAUAUAGUAGAGAUGAAAGGAAAUGCAACCUUAGAUGGUGGUGACGUCUUAUUCACAGGCAGAGAAUUUUUUGUGGGCCUUUCCAAAAGGACAAAUCAACGAGGUGCUGAAAUCUUGGCUGAUACUUUUAAGGACUAUGCGGUCUCCACAGUCCCGGUGACCGAUGCUUUGCAUUUGAAGAGUUUCUGCAGCAUGGCUGGGCCUAACCUGAUCGCAAUUGGAUCCAGUGAAGCUGCGCAGAAGGCUCUCAAGAUCAUGCAACAAAUGAGUGACCACCGCUACGACAAACUCACUGUGCCUGAUGACAUGGCUGCAAAUUGUAUAUAUCUAAAUAUCCCUAGCAAAGGCCACGUCUUGCUGCACCAAACCCCAGAAGAAUAUCCAGAAAGUGCAAAGGUUUAUGAAAAGCUGAAGGACCAUAUGCUGAUCCCUGUGAGCCUCUCUGAACUGGAAAAGGUGGACGGGCUGCUCACCUGCUGCUCGAUUUUAAUUAACAAGAAGGCAGACUCCUGAGUUGCCGUUCCUCCCUGCAGCUGGCAGUCCUGCACUCACAGGCCAACAGCUGUCCCCACGCCUGUCGUUUCCAUUGACAAUCUACUGUGCCACGUGCUACUAACUCUGGUUUACAACAGUUUAAUUUUGAGUGUACUUGCUUUGUUCUGCACCCUCCUUCCUUCUCUCCCCUCACGGUGGUACAAAGCUGUGGAUUUGCUAAAUGAAUUAAGCAACCUAGAAAAUAUAGAGCUAAUGAAUUAUUGAAAUGUGAUUAAUGAUUGUAAGGAAACACUCAUUUAGUGUUUGUGUUAUCAAUGUGAAAAUCAUGUAGUUGCCAACAUGUGCUGAAGAAUGUCUUCUUGAUCAAUCAGAUAAGCUGGGUUUUUGGGGUUUUUUUUUUUUUCUUUAUACCAUUAGUCAUUUUUGCUUCCUAUGAAAUUCCCUGGUCCAUGGAUUCUUUUCCAUUCCCUUUUUUUUUCUUGCGAACUCUAAAAACUGUUUUUCCAGUUACUUUCUUUUGCUUUUCACACUUCUAUCAGAAUCACCUUGACCUUGGGAAAAAUCAGGGGUCUUGCCUUCUGGAUACCUUCCUACAGGUUUGCCCUGUCCACCAUCUGCCUCUUCUGCCUCAUGACUACAUCUUCUGCUACACCCCAACUCUCCUGCAGAGGGACAAACAGGCCCCUCAGCAGAACUGUGACCAAAAUCAGAGCCACUGUUUGGGGGAGAGCUUACCGCACAGAGACACAUCCUGACAGUGUUUCCCGAGAAAUCUAAAUUCCAGAAGAAGUAGGGCAUCACACCGAGAAAGGGAAAUUCAGCACCAGAUGGUUGCUAGGGGAUCGUUGAUCAAGAAACUUGGAAACACCCCAUGGCACAACAAAAAGUCUUUAAGUCACAUUCCAUGAAUUUUUGUUUCAUUAUUGUCCAUAUACAGACCUUAGGAAAUAGUCUCAUUUUUUUCCUCAGCUCAUUUCUGUUCCUCCUAUUGUGACUCAUCCUAUUUCUAGCCUUCUACCCCCAGCAAUUAUCCUAGCCUCGUAAAGUUAUUUCUUUCAAAAGAGACAUCACAUCUAAAAAUGAUUGUUGAUGGUCUAGUGUGAGCCAGAUGGAAGUUCCGGAAGUGAUUGGCCUGGUGCUUGUGACCAACUGUUGACAAUGGACAAUAUUACCUUGAAAUACCCAUGAAUACUUACUGUGGAAUUCAAUUUAAAACUUCUUUCCUCUCUAGCCUUCUAAUUGCACAACCUUAGACUGACACGAAUCUCUUACAUAGAACAAUACCUCAGUGAAGGGAGAGGUCAUUGUCUUUUAUUUAAACCUGCAAGAAUCAGCCUUUUAGCAGGCUAGAGAAAUGGUACUUUCCAAGGAAUGGUGACUGAUUCGGGCAUGUUUAUCGAACUUCCUAGUCAUCCCCACCUUUCCUGUAUUGCCUGUAGGUUGUUUAAGAGUGAGAAUCAGGGAGAUUAAGAAAUACUACUUCAAGUCUUGCUCUGCUUAACUAUGUGUAAGUAAUCAAACAUUCCUUAUUUUUGAUGAUCAAGAGAAAAUUACCUUCAUUUCCUCUCCCCCUUAGUAAAUGGAAGUGGUAAACUCUGAGAAAACCAAUACAUCCUUAGCCACUCUCUGUCUUUUUCAUUUAUUUGAUGAUUUGCCAGAAUUUGAAGAAGUUCCUUCUCCUACUCCUCUUCCUUGUUGCUUAACUUUAAAAUUUAUUUCACAUGCAAAUAUCUAGUUAUGUGCAUUCCUAUGAAUAAACCAUAUCUUGGUCAAUGUCAUAUUUCCAACUAUUUUAUCAUGGGUGAGUAGUAAUAUGUUUUACCAGAGAGAGCAUAAAUGUUACCCACAUGCCCACGUUAAUAAAGAAAAGUUGUCCUUAGCGUUUACAGUUACCCCUUGGAGUUAAAUAUGGCCUCAUGUGGGCAAAAGCAGAAAACCCCUUACGAGAGCUCAACAUCUCAAAAACAGCCACAAGAGAGCCAACCCAAUCCACUGGUUUCGGCUUAAUCCGCAUGGGCAGGUAAUUGUCCAUGUCUUUACUUCUAUCAUCCCAAAUUAAAGAACUAUUUGUUCUCUAUUAUGUGUAGUCAAUUGCAAGUGAAUAGAUUUUUUUUUUUUUUAGUAAUUUGUUCUACAGAAAGCUGUUUUUCACUUUUCCUUUGCUUCUUUCCCUCUUCUCUUUGUCUCAAGAAAUCACUUAGAAUCUGUGUGCCUCUUCUAAGAAUCUUACUCUGCAUCGCUGUGUCUCGGACUAGGCUGGCUUCUUUGGACUCCCUGUGUGAUAUGAUGGUGUGAAAAUCUAAAAUAUUCGCAGCACAGUAGUAUGACUUCUUGGGUGUUCUCAUCAGCAUAAUGUUAUCUUUGAAGAGGAACAAAAACCUGGUACAUAGGUUCCCCUCUCGUCCGUUGUGAUUUAUAACAAUAAAUAACAAAAACUGCUUUUUGAUGUUAUAAAGACAUUAGUAAUUGUAUUUAAGUAAGUAAAAGUUGAAUUACUUGAUCAGUCAGUAUGAUUCAAUUUAAUAAGGACAAUAUAGAGAAAGUACAUUAUUUAGCAUCAUUCCUUCAACUAUGAUGGAUUGCUAUAGAAAUCAAUAGGUAGAUCUCGCUAACGUGUAUUGAUUGUUCUUUUAAUCUACAGUGAACAGAUUUCUGAGGCCAUCUCUUCAUCUCUAAGGGGAGAAGAUAGUCUAUAGAUGAAUACUGUGACUUAUCUAGAGUUGCAUGUUAGUCUUUGUAAUUAUUUACUCUUUAACGGUCUACAGAACUCAGACUUGAUUUCCACAUGGUGUUAGGUUUGUGCAUUUUAUUUUCCUGACCAUCUUGUUCCAACUAAUGUAUGGUGAUACACUCUGUGUGCCAAAACCAGUAAUGCCUUUCGCGGCCCUUUAGUCCAGAGAAGUUCUGCACUGAUGUUAGUCUCUUGCUGUCCUGAUCCUGCAAGUACGCCAAUCACGAUGGAAUAAAGUGUGUUAUACUAUGA